AUGAUGGAGGAUGAAGAAUUUGAAUUUACUGAUGAUCUGGAGGAAAUUUUGCAUCUCACCCCAGAAGUACAACUAGCGAUUGAACAGGUGUUUCCAAGUCAAGAUCCACUUGAUAAAGCAGACUUCAACGCAGUAGAAUAUAUCAACACAUUGUUUCCCACCGAGCAGUCCAUUGCUAAUAUCGAUGAUGUGGUAAACAAGAUACGUCUGAAAAUAAGGCGCCUUGAUGACAACAUCAGGACAGUGGUGAGAGGUCAAACCAAUGUUGGGCAGGAUGGGAGGCAGGCUUUGGAACAGGCCCAGGUAGCAAUUCAGCAGCUUUUUGGAAAAAUCAAAGACAUCAAGGACAAGGCAGAGAAGUCUGAACAAAUGGUCAAGGAGAUUACUCGGGACAUAAAGCAGUUGGACCAUGCCAAGCGCCACCUCACUACAUCCAUCACCACACUGAACCACCUGCACAUGUUAGUUGGUGGUGUGGACUCUUUAGAGGCGAUGACCAGAAGAAGGCAGUACGGUGAGGUGGCCAAUCUCCUGCAAGGAGUGGUAAACGUACUUGAGCACUUCCACAAGUAUAUGGGCAUACCACAGAUCAGGCAGCUUUCUGAGAGAGUAAAAGCAGCACAGAGUGAGUUGGGCACUCAGAUCCUGGCAGAUUUUGAAGAAGCCUUCCCGUCCCAGGGCUCCAAGAGGCCGGGUGGACCAAGCAACGUGUUGCGAGAUGCCUGUUUGGUUGCAAAUGUUCUUGACCUACGCAUCAAACAGGAGAUAAUCAAAAAGUUCAUCCGGCAGCAUCUCUCUGAGUACCUUGUGCUGUUUCAGGAAAACCAAGAUGUUGCAUGGCUAGACAAGAUUGAUCGCCGUUAUGCCUGGAUCAAGCGGCAACUCGUAGACUAUGAAGAAAAAUAUGGACGCAUGUUUCCAGAGGAGUGGUGCAUGACAGAACGCAUUGCAGUGGAAUUCUGCCACAUCACCAGAGCGGAGCUUUCCAAAGUAAUGAGAACACGAGCCAAGGAGAUUGAAGUGAAGCUGCUUCUGUUUGCCAUUCAAAGGACUACGAACUUCGAAGGUCUGCUGGCAAAACGGUUUACAGGAUGCACAUUAACUGAUGUCCCUGUGAAGAGGCCAGAGAGCCCUUUGGACCCUUCAAAUCCUUUCUUGGAGGACGAUCAAGGUGAAGAUGAGGAUACUGAGAAAGAUGACAAGGAUGAGGAUCUGGCAAAGCCCAGAAAGUCCAAGGCUCCUGAGAAUCCUUUCCAUGGCAUCGUCUCAAAGUGCUUUGAGCCUCAUCUUUAUGUCUACAUAGAAUCUCAAGACAAGAACCUUGGCGAAUUGAUAGACAGAUUUGUGGCUGACUUCCGAGCAUUGGGGCCACCCAAGGUUGCCACAGACGAGGGUGGCGCUGUUCUGCCAAGCUGUGCUGACCUCUUUGUCUAUUACAAGAAGUGCAUGGUCCAGUGCUCCCAGCUGAGCACUGGGGAGCCCAUGAUUGCCCUCACAACCAUCUUUCAGAAAUUCCUGCGGGAAUAUGCUUGGAAGAUACUCUCAGGCAACCUGCCUAAGUCGGCCAGUAACAGUGGUGUUCUGACGAUCAGUAGCCUGCUGAAAGAGAAAGAAGGCUCGGAAACGGCCAAAUUCACCGUUGAUGAGUUGUGCCUCAUCUGUAGCAUCCUUAGCACUGCCGAGUACUGCCUUGCUACCACUCAACAGCUUGAAGAGAAACUAAAAGAGAAAGUGGAUAAAAUUCUGGUGGAGAGAAUUAAUUUGACUGGAGAGAUGGAUACAUUCAGCACGGUGAUCUCUAAUAGUAUCCAGCUACUUGUUCAGGAUCUCGAUGCUGCCUGUGACCCAGCUCUCACUGCAAUGAGCAAGAUGCCAUGGCAGAAUGUGGAACAUGUCGGUGACCAGAGUCCCUAUGUAACUUCAAUCAUCAUGCACAUAAAACAAAAUGUGCCGAUCAUCAGGGACAAUUUGGCUUCCACACGCAAAUACUUCACACAGUUCUGCAUCAAAUUCACAAACUCUUUCAUCCCCAAAUUUAUCAACCACUUGUUCAGAUGCAAGCCUAUCAGCACGGUGGGAGCGGAACAACUGCUCCUGGACACACACUCCUUGAAGACCGUCCUGCUAGAUUUGCCGUCCAUAGGUUCCCAGGUACUUCGCAAGGCACCAGCUAGCUACACCAAGAUCGUGGUGAAGGGUAUGACACGUGCCGAGAUGAUACUAAAGGUGGUUAUGGCCCCACAUGAACCGCCUGUAGUAUUCGUGGAUAACUACAUCAAGCUUUUGGCUGAUGGCAAUCCUGAAACAUUCCAGAAAAUACUUGACAUGAAGGGUUUAAAACGUGGUGAGCAGAGCAGCAUGCUGGAGCUCUUCAGGCAGCGGUUGCCCACACCGCCCUCCGGGGCCGACAGCAGCAGCUCCUUGUCUUUCAGUGCCCCCACCCCUGAGCAGGAAUCUUCCCGCAUAAGCAAGCUAGAGAAACUUAUCAAGAAGAGACUGUGA